GUCAGAGUAGCACCACCAUCACAAGGACCCAACGCCACAGGAGGAUUGGGAACACAUGUUCCACUCUAGCGGGACGUGUUGCAAUGGCAAUGACGCCAGCAUUGCUCACUAGACGGACAGUGGCAUCGCACCGCUUUUGCUAUCAGGCCUAUCAGCACUGCCAAUGUGCACAUCAUCGCAGUCAUCCGUAGCAGUUCUGGCUGAAGCACUAGGGCUCAGGUCCCGGGGCGGCCGGGCUUGUUCGCGGAAUCUCUUGCGGAAAGUGUUCUUUCAUGGUCAUGCUGCGCGUGCCCCUGGUGAUCUUCUUCCUGGUCUCGGCGUGGGCGCAAGAGCUCUCGCAGCAGGAGCUUGACCCAGUGCUUGCGGCGGACGACGAGUGCGCCUCCGACGGCGGCGAGUCCUGUGGCGUGGAGUUGCUCCAGGCUCGCGCUUCGAAGGACGUCAAGGUGGAGCUGGCGAGCUCCGCCGUGGAGGCCAAUGGGGAAGGUGGCGAGCAGCUCCUGCAUCACAACGCCACCGCCAACGCCACGGCCAAUGCGUCGCAGCCGCCAUGCGCCGGCAACAACGCGGCUUGCUGGAUCGACAUCGACUGCUGCUCCGCCCGCUGCUCGUCCACCCGCCGUUGCGCGCCGGUGCGCUAACUGGGCAUCCUUCCUGGUCCCCACCCUUCUCGUUAUCUCGCCCAGGCAUGCUCGCAGCGUUCUGACUGGGGCCGCUUAGACUGUCGUCUGAAGCAGCGAUUGCAGCGUCAAAAGACAGUCCGAGCAGCGCAGAAGGAAAGCGUAGUUUUACGCGCUGACAGAAGCCAGAGCCCAUGCCGCCAUGUCAGGGACCUGUCGUAUCUGUUUGUCUUCAGGUAGGGCAGCACCUCGGCCGCGAGUUGCGCUUAGCCCCCCUUACAUCACGACCAUUUAUAUAUGUUCCAC